GUGAUUUUAUAUGAUAUUAGAACAAAAAAGGCGAAAACAAGCCUCGCUGUUUGUCUGACUUCACUUACCUUUGAACAAAUCCAGGAAUGAGCCCGCGAGGGAGGGACUUGGCUUUUAUACUCCGUGACGCUUUUCGUGUCAUACGUGACGUUUUUCUCAUUUUUUUUACCGAAACAAAAUGGCGGCUGAAUGACCUCUGUUUCACUCCAAGGACAUAAUGGCGGGCCCUCACGUUAUUUGGAAUUUAUGCCUCGCUGCAAAACGAAAAGUACAAUUUCUCGACGACACGCAAAACUGUGUGAAAUACAAUAACUAAAGUCGUUUAAAUAAACGACUUUCAACGAGUCAAUUUGAUAAAAACUGUUAGUUUAAUUUUGGCCAAGAUGGCGACCACAAUGAUCGCCUCUCGCCUAUUCUGCUCACGUGACUAAAGUAUAAACAGUGACGUCACUGUGAAAUUAAUCAUUUACACACAGUUUUAAAAUGAAAAAUAACAACAUUAAAAACACUAACGGUUCAAAUAAAACAAGGUAAAUUAUUUAACAAAAAUAAAAUUGAGAUGAUCGCACCUCCGUCACCUCUCACCGUUCCCCUAUGACCCCACACAAACAUGGCUGCCUCCGUGCAAAGCGUUGCGAAGGUUUUAUGGCGAUUAACUCCUUCAGUUUUACAUCCACUACGGAUUUAUCAGCCCUGUGUCCAGAAGUUGUGUCCCAGAGUGAGUGUUUCUCCAGUCUUCCUCCAGAGCCACUCUUUCUGUCAGGCUGCAUCACUCCACGAUGAGGCCGCUGCUCAGGCUGCAGAGACACUGUCCCGCUAUAAAGAAAAACCCUGGGAGUAUCUGGAGAGUGAAGAAUACAUAGAGAAAUAUGGAAGCAGCCCUGUGUGGACAGGCUACAGGAGAAACCACAAAGGAGGCAUCCCUCCACAGAAGACACGCAAGACCUGCAUUAGAGGAGACAAGAUCUGUGGAAACCCCUGCCCAAUUUGCCGGGAUGUAAAUAUUAUAAUCCAUCCCCAGAAUGUAAAACUGCUGGAGCAGUUUAUCAGCCCCUACACAGGCAUUAUCUAUGACCCCACCAAAACCGGUGUGUGUAUGAAGCAGCAGAAGAAACUGACGGAGGCCAUCGAUGCGUCUCGGGACCACGGAUUCCUUCCGUUUCAGAUUCCAUAUGUGGACUUCACAAAAGAAGACUACUCCAACUCCCAUGAUGCAGUGGGGGCCACACCUCCUCCUGCGUCUUUAACGGCUGGAGAGAGCUGGUAUAAAUGGUACGGUGAGAUAACGCCUGAUGAGAGUGAAGUGACCAAAGUCAAGAGAAAGUACAAGGCCUAUUUAAAGUAACUGUAUGUUUUAUUUUGUUUACUGUGAGCACUUCUUCCGUUUUGAAAUGAAACAUGUACAAUAAAAAGACUCAAAAUCA